GUCACGAAAAAAUUUGCUCUCUGAAAAACAAUCGAUUAUCGCAAUUUCGUGAGAAUCUUGUUUCGCCAGAGUCUAAUUAUUUCAGGAAUUUCAUACUUAACCAUUUUCAAUUCAUUUCUGUAACAGUAAAGCGAAUCGCAGUCUUAUGAUCGCGAAAAAAAAUUUAUGUGACACUUCAAAUGCGGGUUUAUUUUUGAGAAAAUAUAAACACUCAAAAUGUCUGCCAGAGAACUGGGAGUUGCAGGUGACGGACCUUGCAUAGUAAACCAAGAAGGAGAUCACAGCCCGAUACAUCAGCAAUUGAAAGAAGUGAUUGAGCUAGCGAGUUCGACGAACCAGAAAUUAGAAGAUUGUGCCGUAGAGUGGCAAGCAAAAAUAUCUCAAGCACAGUGGAGGAUAUUAGAUACAAAGCCAAGCGAUAAUAAGCCUUGGGAGCAAUCAGUCUUAGCACGAACUUAUUUCACUGAUAAAACUUUAGAUGAUGCAUUCCAAGGGGUUCUGAAGUAUAACAACACGUUUACUGAUCACUUGAAAAAUUUUGUAGCUCUGGUUCGCGGGGAACAGCCAACUCUAGUCACUAAGCAAACCUGCAACGCUCAAAAUCAGUGUCCGGACUCUAGUCUGGAGAAUGACGGGAAAAAUUUACCUUCCGAUUACUCGGUCUCAGAAGAAAACCCUGCCGUUGCCCGGAGGGGUAGAAGAAGUUUUAACAGCAUUCUGACCAAAGCUCAGGAGUCGUUUACAGACUUGAUCAAGACCAAGAUAGAGUUCGAUACUAAGUUUCUGGGUUUCGAAGCUACACUGAAUGGGAAUGUCUGCGCUACAUCUGAUCCUUCACUCUCAUUAUGCCAGAUUUGUUCUAGAAUUCUAAAAUGUGAAAUACCGGGUACCACAGCAUGCAAGACUACAAAAAAUCACAAGAAUAUAGAGCUGCAUAAAAAGAGAACUAGAUGUAGCAGCAGAAUCAAGCACAAGAGAUUAAAACCAACAAAAUGCGAGCUCAGAACCAAGUGCACAAAAGUAUCCGAGAAAACAAUUAGAGAAUCUACACCAGUCAAUUCAUGUUUUAAGUGAUUGGUCUGGUAUAACAAGCGUCAGGAUGUAGGACACGUAGUUCCACUAUGUAAAUUUAAAUGUACCGGCACAGACUAUUGCCAAACUUUGCCUGCCAGAUUUGAUGCUUUCGUAAAUUUGUUGGUAAUAUGGGUAUAUAUAUAUAUAUAUAUGUAUUACAUAUAUCAAUUAUAAUCUGUAACAUUGUUAUUGUCGCAUUUAUCUAACAAGUGAUUUGAUAAGACAACAGUGUUAGUGCGUAGAAAUGCAAUAAAUACAGUCCGUCUCAUUUUACCUCAAUGUGCUUGUGACAUAUUUUGGGCAAAUAGUCACCUAGAUUAUUGUCCUUAUAUUUUUAUGUUUAUACAUACAUUG